AAGAAGACGUUCAUCAUGGCUGGCACAUAGGAAGCACCGUAAUUCAAGGCGAAGUCAAAAUUCAGAGAAGACAAAAAAUCACGAAAUAGCACAACAUGGAGGCGGUGAUGGACAGCGUCGGUCUCAUGUCCGAGGUCGACCAGCUAUUCCACGCCCGCAACCCGCUCUUCAUCCUGCGCCAAUUCCUCGGCGUCACCUGCAAUCGCAUGCGCCUUCUCAGGGAAAGAAACACGCUCCUCUCCUCUCUGCUGUACAACCUGCGCUUCAUCAUGAAUGUACUGUUUGUCAAGGACAGCUUCGGCCUGGUAUUCAUGAUGACGUUCCUGAUGCGCGACGUCGACGAGCUGUUUCACGGGGUCCAGGCACUGUUCAUGUUUCUCACAUUUACGGUCCGGAAGCCUCAUUCCAACUGGGUACCACUGGCGAAAUUCUUCCUUUUCCAGUUCCACUUUCGCCUAGUGACGGGAGUCUCCUUGGAUCGCAGCCACCGGCACUCCGCGGCACCCGGCCGGAAGUACGUGUUCGCCAUGGACGUGGCGUACCACGCGUUCGAGUGGUGCCUGUUCUUCGUGAGUGUCACCAAGUGGCCGCCACCACCACUAAGCCCGGUGCUCGUGCUGGCCCAGUCGUUUCAGGCCCUGGCGCUACUCUACCAUACAUAUGUGAUCUGGACAUUCGUGCGCUGGAUCAAGCUGACGCUGCCCAUCGUCCAACAGGUGAGCGCUCAGCCAGAGGAUGGCGCGGGUCACCUGCUCAGCCCCGCCAUGUCUCGGCUGCUGAUGUCGCUGCUCGAGGCACAGGGCGGAAAUGUGCCGCUGUUGCGCCUCCUCGAGCGGGUUCUCAGGCUUCAGGAACGGGUGCGCAACCUGGCUCAGAUUCUCGAGAACCAGCAGCUGCAUGUCGGCGACGCCGGCGCUGCUGGCGCUGGUGUCGCACCCGUGGUCGCCGCCGCAGCAGCGGGUCAACAACAGCAGCUGCUGAACGUCCUCAGAGCCGGGCCCCGGAGAAGUGCUGUGUCGCCUGUCGGUGCCUCGGGGCUGGACGCGCAGCGGGAACGAGCGGCCGACCGGCCGAGCGGCGUCGGCGCCGACGAUCGCCGAGAGGGGCGGCCGGAACCGAGCGAGCCGGCGGGGCCGCCGCGCGGCGCUCGUUCCCGGCCACCCACGUGACGUGCGCACCCUCGCAUGUCCGCUCGCCGGACACGACGGAUACGAUACGCUCGAAAUGUGUUUUGUACACUCGCGGAAAAUUAUGCAUCAACAAGCUGAAGAGUUCUCAAUCUUGCGCCAUUUACGGCAGCGGCUUCGGAGUCGACACCUGCGCUUUGGGCAGCAGAAAUGCCCGUUUCGUUGAAGGACGACGUCCCUUUGUGCUCGUGUCACUAGAGUCGCAGGCUUAGACUCGUGGAAAUCACCCUGUUAAGCAGCAAUACAAGAAAUGCUAGCUCUAGUAUUUCCGACGCUACCAUCAAAACGGCUUGAAUUCUCUCACAGUUAUUCACGGGGGUCUUAAAUUUGAGGCAUUGAUAAAGGUGUUCCGUCAACGCAUAACGGCUCCCACAAUGAAAUGUCUCUUAAUUGACAAGCAUUGUGAAUCAAACGUAGAUGCAAGAAUUUCUUGAUAUAUCGCAAACAUUUAACAUGCGGGUGGAUUACGCUAAGUGUUUCUUAUGAGGACUUAAUUGUGAUAUUGACCACUUACUGCAAAAAUAUGUGUUGCAGCUCAUCGCAACAGUUUCUCUGGGCGCUGUGCAAACAAAAAAGAAAGAAGAGAGAAGAAAGAUGUCAGUUGGUUAUUUAUAAUGCAGUAUAUAUUAAUGAUGCUUUCCUGUAUCGGCUACUUGCUGAGAGCCUAACAAUUAGACGCAGACAGUAGCAUAACUCGCCAACAACCAUUUGUAAAUUGCAAGACGCA